GAGCAACAUUGAGUAGUCUGUUACAUUAUAAAUAUUUUUGCUUAUUUAUGAUCAUUUAGGAGUCCUCGAGUGAAUUUUUAAUUGCAACCUCUACGUGAAGUUUAUUUUUUUCAUCUCAAAAGAGUUUUAAGUGAAACAAAUUGCAAAGUGAUAUUAAUAGGUCCGUUGUAAUAGUUAAUAAGUGUGCCUAAAUGAGGAUAUUACUAAUUCAAUAAUUUCAUCGCAACUGGUGCUCUUUUUUUUGGGGAAAACAUACCUAUACACAAAGCUACAUAUAUACCAACAAUUUGCCAUAAUAUAUAGCAAAGAUUGCAAGAGUGCUACAAUAAGAAGGAAUUUAAUGAGAACGUUUAAUUUGGCCAAUCUUCAUACAUUUAAACAACGGCUCAACUCACCUUCGUGGAGUGUUUUCUUAAAGUACAAAGACGAAGUUCAAAAGAAACUUCCUCACACUUUUCACAAAGACAACCCACAAGAACCCUUCCGUGUUUGGUGAGCUUUAGUGCAUCUUCAUCCCUUCAUUUGACGAUUCCUUUGUAAAAGUGGUGACACCGCAAAAAAACAAUUCUACGGGACAGCAUAGAAUGGUAGAAAGUGAUUCUGACACCAACACCUCAAGUAAUUGUAAUGUAACUGAUGAUCGACUAAAGAACGGCGUUGGAUCGAAAGAGCUAGAGCUAAAAAAUAUCUCUGCUCCAAUAAAUUCAAAUUCACGUUCAGACUUUGCGCAAUUAACCCUCGAGGCGUCCCACAUAAAGGAGAAGAGUCUCAAGGACCCGGAGAAGGGACACAAUCUCAAGGCGGACUUUGAGGAGGCCAUCGAGCACGCAGGAUAUGGGCGCUUCCACUACAUACUGCUAGGAAUAUGCGGUCUGGUGAGCACGAGCGAGGAGAUGGACGUCAUCUCGAUGUCCUUCAUCCUCCCAUCGGCUCAAUGCGAUCUUAGCUUAAACACCCAGACCAAGGGAUGGCUCAACUCCAUCAUCUUCAUCGGGAUGAUGGUGGGAGCCUAUGCAUGGGGUAGCGUGGCUGAUUCGCUGGGCAGGAAAAAGGUGCUCAUUGUCAUCUCCGUGAUGAAUGCCAUGUGCAUCGUGGCGUCAUCCUUCUGCCAAACCUAUGCGCUCUUCAUGGUGUUUCGGUUUCUCAACGGUGCGGCAUUGGGCGGGAGUGGACCGGUCAUUUGGUCUUACUUUGCCGAAUUUCAGCCAAAGUCCAAGCGUGGCUCCAUGCUUAGCUUCAUGGCGGCCUUCUGGACAUUGGGCAACCUCUUUGUUGCUGGUCUAGCAUGGCUGAUCAUCCCCUCGACCAUUGGCCUCUACACACCGUACUUCAUCUACAACUCAUGGCGUAUUUUCCUUAUGGUCUGUUCCCUGCCAUCAUUCCUUGUUGCAGCAUUGCUGCUGUACCUGCCCGAGAGUCCCAAGUUCCUACUAGCUCAGGGGCGCAAUGAGGAGGCUCUGGCCAUCUUUCGGGGUAUCUUUGUCACAAACACAGGAAAAUCCAAGGAUCUCUAUCCCGUGAAGGAAUUGCUGAUUGACUCAAAGCUCCAGAAUGAACUUGAGAACACAUCAAAGCCCAUUAAGGGAAAGUACGUUACCAUGUUGGCGGACAUUAUGGACAACAGCAAGCAACUCUUCAUGUCGCCCAUUGUUAAAUUCACCAUUAUCUCCAUCACGAUCAACUUUACCUUCCACAUUGGCUACUACGGCCUUAUGAUGUGGUUCCCGGAGCUGUUCAAUCGUUUCGAUGAGUACGCAAGGAAUCAUCCUGGCGAGGAGGCAUCCGUGUGCGAAGUGACGAGUUACGUCGUUAGCUCGGGAUCGCACUCAGACAGUGGCGUUUGUUCCGCCAAAAUACCCAGUACAGUCUUCAUGGAAUCCCUCAUUACGGUCGCAUCAGCCCUUCCCGCCAAUAUCCUCGCUGUUAUCGGCAUGGAUCGUCUAGGAAGAAAAUUCUUCCUGGUCUUCAGUACAGUAUCGGCUGGUCUUUGCUCAGCCGGGAUGUUCUUUGUCUACAACAAGACACACAAUCUCAUUGUAUCGGCUGUCUUUAGUGGCGUGAUAUCCUGCGGUAAUGCAGCCCUUGACUGUCUCAUCACAGAAGUCUUCCCUACACAUCUCAGAGCUACAGGUGUUGCCAUUUCAAUGGUUGCCGCACGUCUCGGCGGUAUUAUCGGUAAUGUUGUAAUCGCCACCCUACUGGACAUGUACUGUCCCGCACCAACAUUCAUUGUGGCCUUCCUGCUAGCCGGCGGUGGUCUCAUGUGCCUCUUCUUGCCCAACACAACACGCACAGCACUUUCCUGAUAUCGGCUCAAGCACCACCCCCCUUAUCCACCCACCAGGUGGUUAAAAAGAAUUUUAAAAGAAUUUCAAAAUCUCGAAUGUAGAAUUGCAAGUAAUCACCACUUCCUAGAGUAUUUUACCUAAACUUUAGUUGUAUGAAAUCAAAGUUUUAAAAGAAAAAAUGGGUGAUAGAAAACUCAGAUUAGAUCUUUAAGUUAAAACAAGAAAAAAAAUGUAUGUAUAGCAUAACAGAAAUAGCAAAAAAAAUCAAGUUGAAUGCUUCUUGCACAUCUUUCAGUUGAAAAAAAAUCCCCAAUUUUUGUUUUAGUAAAUUGAUCCUAGGCCAGCCUUUGUCUUUUCCUCACAAAAGAGAGUUAAGAAGGUUCUUGUGGCUGAUUGCAUGUGUAUUUUUUUUAGUAUAUCUCUGAAGGAGGUAAAUGAAUUACCGAGUUGUGCCAUAACUUUUAUCUGUAUUGUAUGAUAAAUCAUCGUACCAAAUCAGACUUCCUAAUCCCUCCCCUGCUAAUUCACAGAUGCCAACCCCACCACACACCCCGCCCAACUACAAUAACCAUUCCCAAUUUUCCCAAUCAUAAAUAAACGUCUCAUUAGCACGGUAAGGGAAACAAUUAGUAGAAUAGUGUGUAGUUUGCAGUAUUUAUCGGGCACAAUUGGAAAUUACACAACUUUCGAGAGAUAUUUUGUAUUAAACUCCUCUCCUCCCCACAAUUACCAUUCCAAUAUUAUGUAUGUAGCAUAAUUUAAGACCAAGUGAGAAGAAAAAAAUGUAAUAUUUUGCCUUUUAAAUAAAAAUAAAUAUGAAUUUAUAAGUGUUGUACCAAA